CUCUCUCUCUCUCUCUCUCUCUCUCUAUCUCUGUGUUGGACUUCGAAGAAAAGCAUGGCGAUUUCUUGAGAAUUCGUCUCGGUCCUCUCGUGGGUAUCUGCUCCGGCUUCGUGGGUUCCCCGCGUAUCGGCUCCCUCUGUCCGGAGAAGCAGGCGUGUAUGAUCUCGGUCCUCCCUGAUCAGUUCGCCUGAGAGUCUCUGGGGGUGAUGCUGAGCUUCGGCUUCGAAGCUUCAGAAACGCCGGGGCUCUCUUCUAUCUCUUUUCUGGGGAAUUCACCGUGCGUGCUGCUUCUUGUUGCUGGAGCUGUGACGAGCGGGGGUGCGAAGAGAGGGACGGAGCUGACGGGUCUUCCGGGUCGAUUCGGCGGCUGAUCAUUUUGGGAGUCCCGGAAUUUCUUUUUUGUGAGGUUGAUCGAGCGAUCGAAGGAAAUGUUUGGUUGCGAGUGUACUUGCUGGGAGGAUAUCUCUGAAUUCUGUCCUCUGGAGCCGGAGCCCUUCUCUCUGCCGUCGCCUAUGCCCAAGUGGCCUCGAGGCAAGGCUUUCAGUUCCGGAACAAUACGACUAGGUGAUAUUGAAGUACUUAAAAUUACGGAGUUUGAGAGAGUCUGGAGCUGCAGUCUGUUGCGUGCGAAGGUACAUGGAGUCACGUUUUAUAGACCUGUAGGGAUACCAGACGGAUUUCAUUGUCUGGGUUACUACUGCCAGCCAAAUGACAAGCCAUUGAGAGGCUAUAUCCUUGUGGCUCGUGAAACCGUCGACCACGGCAGUUGUUCUGAUCAUAGCCAUGUCACUGCUCUACGCUCCCCAGCCAUGAAGAAGCCUCUCAACUACAAACUAGUAUGGAAAGCCGACUCAGAUCAAAAUGGUUCUGGAUACUUUUGGCUACCAAUUGCACCCGUGGGUUAUAGAGCCAUGGGCAUCCUUGUUACUGACAGUCCGGAUGAGCCUGAUGUUGAUGAAGUCAGAUGCGUACGAGAAGAUCUCACCGAGGAUUGUGAGCCCUGCGACCUGCUGUUUAGCGUGCAACCAAAGAAUGCUCGAUACCCAUUUCGUAUAUGGACCACGCGGCCCUGCAAGCGGGGAAUGUGGGGAACUGGUGUUUCUGUUGGUGCAUUCUUCUGUGACUCAUUCUUCGGUAUGGAGGAACAGCUAGAUAUAGCCUGCUUGAAGAAUGUCGAUCACACAUUGCAUGCGAUGCCAAAUUUAGACCAGAUACAUGCACUAAUAAGGCAUUACGGGCCCACUGUUUUCUUCCAUCCUGAUGAGGUUUAUAUGCCGUCUUCUGUACAAUGGUUUUUCAAGAACGGAGCACUCUUGUAUGAAUAUGGACAAGAUCGAGGCGAACCAAUCAAGUACGAUGGUUCGAAUUUGCCUUGUGAAGGGUGUAAUGAUGGGGAAUUCUGGAUAGAUUUGCCAGAUGAUGAUGAGGCAAGAAAUCGUGUCAAGGACGGUGACCUGGAGAGCGCGGAGCUCUAUGUACAUGUUAAACCAGCACUUGGAGGUACAUUUACCGAUAUCGUGAUGUGGGUCUUCUGCCCUUUCAAUGGACCUGCAACCCUGAAAAUAGGCUUAAUGACUGUUCCAAUGACCAGGAUAGGGCAGCAUGUGGGCGACUGGGAGCAUUUCACUCUCCGUGUGAGCAACUUUACUGGAGAAUUGUGGAGUGCAUAUUUCUCCCAGCACAGUGGUGGUGGAUGGAUCAAUGCGUCUGACUUGGAGUACAUUGAGGGGAAUAGGCCAAUGGUUUUCUCUUCUAAAUGUGGUCAUGCGAGUUUCCCGCACCCUGGGACCUAUCUCCAAGGAUCAUCCAAACUGGGAAUAGGAGUGAGAAACGAUUGCGCUCGAAGCAAGUUCUAUGUAGAUUCCAGCGAGAAGUAUCAGAUUAUUUCAGCAGAGUAUCUUGGUGAUGGUGUAGUAACCGAACCUUGUUGGCUACAAUACAUGAGGGAGUGGGGUCCGACCAUCAAAUACGACUCAAGAUCCGAAGUCGAUAAGAUAAUAAAUCUGCUCCCUUUCUUUGUGAGGUUCUCUGUGGAGAACCUCAUCGACUUGUUUCCGACGGAGCUUUAUGGCGAGGAAGGGCCAACGGGACCCAAAGAGAAGGAUAACUGGGUUGGAGAUGAGAGGGACUAGCUUGAUAUUCAUUAAAUUGUUUUGUCAUGCACAAGAGGAAGUGGUUCCGGCAUGGCCAGCUCUGAAGAACUAGCUUGCUAGAUCAUGCUCACGGAUCAGAGCAGCUGAGUUAAGAAAGCAAGUUUGUGUACCUAUGUGAAGGAAUCAUUUUCCACUCUUUCGAAGGAGUGCCACCCACUUACAGAUGCUCCUCAGUCGUGAUGCAACUGCAUUCAUACAUGAGAGGGGUAGAGACAGUGUGUGUUGUUAUUUGAAAGUAGGGUAUGUGCCCGCUUUGAUGUAGAGAUUUCAAUCAUCAAAUGAAAAUCAAUUCCCCAGUUUCUCUGAUAAA